UCAAUCGACAUUGUAUAGUUGAUCAGUCGACACGUAAAGAUCAUCAAACGUUACUAAAGCACCGACAACGAAGGCGAAGAAUACCAGUUUCUUUUUCGAUCGAGUUCAAGUUUAAUGGCGAAACGCGGAUAUAAAUUGCAGGAAUUUGUGGCACAUUCUGCUAAUGUGAACUGCAUCAAAAUUGGAAAGAAAACACGACGACAUUUUAUUACAGGAGGUGAUGAUGAAAUUGUGAAUGUUUGGUCAAUUGGGAAAGCAGCACCCAUAACGAGUUUAAGUGGCCACACGAGCCCUAUAGAAUCUGUAACUUUUGAUUCAACCGAAGUUUUGGUGGCUGCUGGAGCUUCUUCUGGGGUGGUAAAGCUCUGGGAGUUAGAAGAGACAAAGGUGUUUAGAACACUUAAUGGACACCGAUCCUACUGCACAUCCUUGGAAUUCCAUCCUUUUGGUGAGUUUCUUGCAUCAGGAUCCAUGGAUACGAAUUUGAAGAUAUGGGAUAUUCGAAAGAAAGGAUGCAUUCAUACAUAUAAGGGUCAUAAACGAGCAAUUAGUACUAUCAGAUUUACCCCUGAUGGAAGAUGGGUGGUGUCUGGAGGACUUGAUAAUGUUGUAAAGAUAUGGGACUUAACUGCUGGAAAACUCUUGCAUGAGUUCAAGUUACAUGAAGGACACAUUAAAUCAAUGGAUUUCCACCCUAUCGAGUUUCUUCUAGCAACAGGUUCAUCAGAUAGAACUGUGAAAUUUUGGGAUUUGGAAACCUUUGAAUUGAUUGGAACAACUCGGCCUGAGGCAACAGGGGUACGAUCAGUUACAUUUCAUCCAGAUGGAAGAACACUCUUUUGUGGAUUAGACAACAGUUUAAAGGUGUAUUCAUGGGAGCCUAUAAUUUGUCAUGAUGCUGUUGAUAUAGGAUGGUCAACCUUGGGUGACCUUUGUAUUGAUGAUGGGAAGCUUUUAGGGUGCUCAUAUUAUCAAAACUCUAUUGGAGUUUGGGCAACAGAUGUUUCACAUAUUGAACCAUAUGCACAUAACAUGAUAGCCAUGGAAAAAGCUCAUGUGGAGCCAAAAACUGAUCUCCAGGAAAGUGUUAUAGAGAGAGUCAAGACUCCAAGAAUGUCAUUUAUACCUUCAGAUGAUGACACAAAAGAUAUCAAGAAUAUAUAUGUAGACACUGCAGGCAUGACUCCUGUUGUUUCUAGAAAAGAUGGAUCAAAUACAAACAUCCAGAGAAGGCUUUUUACUGAUGAUGUGGCGAUUGAUUCUGAUUCUUCAGAGGAGAAAACACAUAAUUCCACUAGUGUUUCAGAAGAGUGUCAAAAAUCUUCAUCUAACCAUGAGGUAUCCAUUGAUUCCUCCAACAAAAGGUUGACACCUGUUAAAUGUGUUGCAGUUUCAAAUGGAAAGACUCGCAAUCUUGUUGAGAAAUUUGAGAAAAAAGAAUCUCAAAAACCUAAUACAGAUAACAUGUAUGUAAAUGGUGACACUGUAGAACAGCCACCUGUCAAUGUGGUCACAUGUGCAAUACCUGAAACUGCCACGUCACCAAUAAAGACACCUGAUAAUGACAUGGCGUCUUUGUCAGUAUCAGAAGCUAAAUUGUCACCUGUGACAUUUAAAGCUUCCCCUAAAGCUAAGGUCUUAUCAGUUCAGAGAAGACCUGUUGCUUCCAAAAGGGUAAUAUCGGAAAAAGUUAGGUCGCCUCCAAUGGCAGUUGCACAGAGAUGUAGAGCUUCUUCUCAAGUGAUACCUGAAAGAAGUAGAAUUAGAACCAGAACUUCACCUCUGCCAGCUGUACCAAGGCAAAUUACUUCUACACAUAUGACAACUGAAAAACCUAAAUUUUCUCCCUUGUUUGAGGAUAAUCCACAAACCACAGGAAGAGGUUUGAUGUGUAAGAAUGAUGACACUGAAGAUUUGAUGAUUGAUCAUGAGUUAUUUUUAAGCACUCUUCAGUCUCGCCUUACAAAACUUCAGGUUAUAGGGCAUUUUUGGGCACAAAAUGACACAAGGGGUGCUAUUAAUGCGUUGCAGAAGUUACCAGAUCAUGCAGUACAUGCAGAUGUGAUUAGUGUUAUGCUGGAAAACACAGAGUGUUUAAAUUUAGAUCACUUCUCUUGCUUGUUGCCUUUACUUUUGGGAUUACUCGAUAGCAACACAGAGAGGCAUAUAAACGUGUCGUUGGAAAUGUUAUUGAAGCUUGUAGCUGUCUUUGGGCCUUUAAUCACCUCCACAAUCUCAACACCUCCAUCUGUGGGUGUUGAUCUUCAUGCAGAAAAAAGAUUUGAAUGCUGCAAUGAAUGCCAUGUGGAGCUCCAAAAGAUCCAGAAAAGUCUCCCAAAUGUUAUAAGGCGGGGUGGUUUGACAGCAAGAAGUGCACAAGAACUAAAUCUUGUACUUCAACUAUCGUGAUCCAAUUUAAAGUUCAAAUGUGUAUCUUUUAUAUGAAAAAAGAAGUUUGUACAAAUUUUAGCAGCAAACAUCAGAUCUGCAUGUUGUAGAACACAUUUUGAUAUUACUAGUUUUUUAUGCAAGAUUCAGAUGGUUGUUGCUGGAAAUUUGUAUGGUAAUUGUUGGCCUUUUGCCAAUAGGUGCAUAUGUAGUCUUUUUUUAUUUUUUGUUGUCCUUUUUUCUUCAAAUGUAAAGAUCAAAUUUUCAUGGUGUAAAACACAUGUUGAUAUUGAAGUUCAAUAUAGGAAUUGAGUGACUAAUGUUCGAAAUU